GUUUACAAACAACACAGGCACUUCCAGCAGUACUCGCCAUGUACUGAGUCUGUAUUUGUUAUGAUACGCCACUCGCCACCUGAGCCAUUACUGUUUCUGAGUAGAUGUGUUUUCCUGCAUAUAUAUAACAAGAUAAAAGGGAUUUCACAGAUGAAUAGAUGAGAGAGGCUGAUGAUUCUGCCGAGAAGCGGGCGAAAGAGGCGAGGAUGGAAACCGGCCCUUCUGUGCUCGUGUGAAAGGUUUUGCACUGCCGUAACUAGAUGAUUUUCUGGUAAUGGAGUCCUUGGAAUUUAGGGACGUAAAGGGUGAUGUGAUAUUUGUGGAGGCGAGGUUGGAGCCCGCAUCCUGCAACAAAAGGGCCACGGAAUUUAGUGUAAGUAGCAGCCGCAUCCAGUUUCUACCAUGGCUAGGAUAUACAAGUGUCCUAGCAGCCAUAGCCUUUUUAGCUCAGUUACAUACAAUUCACCCAGCGUGGCUUCUCACGGCUGUUUUAACUCAGCUAGCAACGCUUUUGUACAGAGUUCAUCGAAAAGUUGUUAGUGAAACUUUACUCGUAGUAGCUGGCUUAGGGAUCCAGACUACUACUACUUUCUACACUGGGCGGCAGCACACGCGUUUUAUUCCUUGGGGAGACAUUAUUGAUGUUAUCAUUGCAGAGACAAUAACCAUGCAACGUGUACUAUUCUACAUGGCUCUGCUUGUAAGAGCGGAAGGGACCAAAGCUAACCAGAAACUAUUACCUCUCUUUAUGAAUACUUGGCCACGGUUAGCCUGCUUGCGGCAUAUUUACUGUGCAUGCCAAGAAGUUCUCUCACCAAAUUCUAAGUUAAAAUGAUAUUUGAUGCUGCUGCUGUGCUGAUAAAAGUGAAAGAAGUGCUCCGUUGCACAGUAUUUUGAGAAAAGUAUGUCCGUGAUUAUGUGUUGUUAUAUUUAUGUGAUAUUUAUAGGAGAAAUUACUUGGAGUUCUUGUAGUCAAAGUUAGACCUCUGUUACUUGCAUUUCAUGUGUAACUUUUCACCUUGAAAAUAUUUAAAAGAUUUAUAUAAAAAUCCUUUCAUAGAAAAUACCAAUCAAAAGGAGUUUACAUCUUUAAAGUCAUUUGUAUACUCAAAAACGUAUCUUAUUAUUUGCUGGGACAACAAGUUUCAACAGACACAAAAGAUAUAAUUUUAUAACUUUUAUAACAUAAUUAUGUAAUAUGGUAAUUGUGGAAAUAAGAAUCCAAAACUUUUUAAACUGUUACAUUGGACUCAUACAAGGUGAAUGAUAAGGUCACCCUUAGGUGAAAAAGACAAAACAAACAAACAAACAUGGAUGGGGAUGACCUAGCAUUGAAGGUCAAAGCAUUGAUAAGUCUCUUUGUAGAGUGUUACUGCAUCAGGUGUCAUUCUGCUGUUGGAUCCACUCUUAGAGGAUGCGAAGCCAGUACUGUCGAUUUUUGCAGAUUGUGCUCCUAGAAAGUAUUAAAAUUCACUGCUCAGUUUAAAUGUUCCCAAUAAGUUAAGAUCUUUAUCUAACUGAUUAUUGAAUAGGACAAUAGAUGUUGAACAAAUAUUUCACAAAGGUAAAAGGCAUUAUUCAGAGAUAAGGACUUUGCUUAUGUUUAAAUAGACUACAUUUUCUGAAUGCAUAUUGAAUGAUUGGAGUAAAUCAGAGUGGUUCUUUAACAUGAAGAUAAACAUGCACUGCAACAGUGCUAUUAUAUUAAUCAAUGAAUAAAAGUUCUGCAAAUGCAUGAGUUUAUGAAAUAUUGCCAGUCAGACUUGAAUUGAUUUUCUAGGCAGUUUAAUGAAUAAGUUACUUUGGAAUCUACAGUUUUGAAAAGUGCUGUUGCUAAUGUUUUUAGUACCACUAUCAUUAGCUUUUAUAUGAAGUCCUGGUGCUAUGAGUGGAUUCUACAUGUAACUUUUAUUUACUGUUAAAAGUACUUUAAGGCUCAGUAGAUCAUUUGUAAAUCUGUCAUUCUAUAUGUGAUACCUGCAGGAGGUAUAUUUGAUGUCGACAAUAGAAGUGCCAUUAAUGUAAAUAUGAAAUAAAUACCAUACACUGUAUAAGUUCAAGUAUAGCUCAUUGCAGGUGCAGAAAAAAAUUGAAUUAGUGAUUCUAGACUUUUGUCUACAUGUUAAAUUUUAAUUUUGAUUGAUUUUGGAAUAAAACUUGUAGUGACCUAUAAGCAACUUUGUAUGUGUGUCAUUCUGUUUCAAUAUCUGUUAGCUUUUGAAGAUUUAUAUGUGAUUUUUGCAGCAACCAAGUAAGACUUAAUGCUGGUAUAUUACUAUAAAAUGAUCUUCACACUUAGAUUAUUCUUUCAUCUAAAAUAUUUAUUUGAAAUGUUCAUGAUUUGUAAAGUUUUCUUAAAAUGCGUAUUUUUGCAUUGUCUUUAAAAUGUCAAAACUGUUAUCUAAUUCUCAGUAAAAUUGGUGAAAAACUAUUUUAAACCACAGGGAUAAUCAGAUGCUGAUUAACCCUGUUGCCAGGAAAAUGCUGUGCUCAUUUUUUUUUUUUUUUUGUGAAAUGUCACUGCACAUUGAUGGCUCUGCAAAUACUUUGCCAAAAAGAAGUCAAAUAGUAGACCUAAUGACCUUACUUGAUUUCACCUUUUCUGGAAUUUGCAGGAAAACUUUUUUAAAAUAAUGCUAUCAAUAUCAAUGGUAUUAUUUUUAUUAUAGACAUUAUAAUUACUAUAAUAUUAUUGAUAUUAGUAGAGGCAAUAUAAGAAUAUUUAAAUAAUAUAUAAUAAAUAUUUUUGAAAAUCAAGGAAAAGGGUAAACAGGUGAGAUAAGAAGUAGUCAUAAUUGGCUCAUCGGUGACUUAGUAGAAGUGGAGCCAUCUAUGUGUAAAAACAGUUAAUAAAGUAAAGUAGAGAGGGCAUGGCAUGUACAUACAUGCCAUGGGGUUAAUGAUAUAUGUCUAAUGUGAUACUAAUGUAGGUAAGAAUAGUGUAAUGGUGAAUAGUAAGUUUCAAACUUGAGUCCAGCUGUAUCAUUGAUAAGGUUAGCUUAUGACUAGUAAUGUUGUAGGGGACAGUACACCAGAAUUAAGUAAUAUUUUGUAUCUCUUAGAGUGCUUUGAUAACAGAUAUCGAAAAGCUUGACAUUUCUUUAUUAGAAGCAUUUUACAUAGAAGUGGCAUGAGAAAGAGUUAUUUCUCUUGUCAGGAAUGUGUCAAUUUUUGUUUAGUACAAUAUUAUUUGUUGGCCAAAAAAAAAAAAAAAAAUCUCCCAUGUAGAAUAAUGGUUCUUUACUAAUGUGAAAUCUUGCUGUGUUCAUGCAGUGAAGUUAUUUGUGAAUGGUAACUAGUCAUCUCUGAAAUAUACAAAUGUGUGUU